GUUCAUCGUCGUAGCCGUCGGGCUAUUGUUUAUUUAGUCAUAAUUGUGUAAUAGGUUUAGUAAUAUAAGCAUGGAAAGUAAGACGUGAUGGGCGACCUACUCGUAGUUGACAUGCAUGCGUAUGCCUGUACAUACGAGCUGACGUGCAUGCAUAGGCAGUUGAUGUUCUUACAUGAAGUUGCAUGCGUACACCCAACGGUUAUGCAAGGAUGAUCCACCUCACGCCGUCACCGGUCACCAUCACGGUAGUGCCACGGAACAAUGCCCGCACGCCUGGAAUGUUCGGAUCAAUAGACUCGGGCAAGGCGGCAUCGGAGCAACCACCACUGCACCAAGCCCUCGUCAUUGGCUGUAGCCGUUCCAACAUCGUAUUUGAUCCCUCUGACAGGAGAGUCCCGCAGCCGUUGCGCAGCUUCUGGCGUAUUGACGUGGGUGCCUGCACCGCCAACCCUGUCUUUCCAACAAUAGGCAACCACAGUCACCACAGCUGUCGGAGCAGGUUCCACAACAACCGUUUGCCGACGUCCCUCCGACAGGGACGCGAGCACCAAGCCCCACUGGCCCACCUCCAGGGUGCCCACCACACCGGAACUGUGGUGGACCCAAAAUCCCGUGCACUUCUGACAUCGGGAUUCGCUUCCUUUUGUGUCACCCAGCCCUUAAGAGAUAAGAGAUAAAGACAGCCCCCGACUAUUGUCGUUUGACUCAUACGGACCGUCAUACUUAUACUGUCCAUUGCCUGGCUGUCAUUCAGCUCCUUACUCUUGCCACUCCAUCUUGGCUUCAACUCCCCCAA